AUUUAUCCUCAGGGUGAUCCGGUAUAUAAGCUUCUGUUUCCGCCAUUCUGGCAUCACUCGACUCUCCUCCAUCGGCUAUCAGAGUCCAAACCUUCGUUUUACAAACGGUACCUUCUCCUCGACUCUAUUGUCCACCAAAUAUGAAGAACCAAACACGUGUUGCUCUUCUCCUCUUCGUUGUAUUGGCAGCCUUUUUCAUAACUGCAUCAGCCGGCUCCAAUCGCAUUGGAGUAUGCAUAAGGAACUGCGCACAAUGCAAGAAGAUGUUUGGCGCUUACUUCGAGGGUCAGCUUUGUGCUGAUACAUGCGUCAAGUUCAAGGGAAAAAUCAUUCCGGAUUGUGAAGACGCCAGCUCCAUUGCACCGUUCAUCACCAAAAUUGAUGACGAAUAGAUUAUUCAACUAUAUGAAUAAUUUACUAUAUUUUCGAAUUCCUCCGCAUGAUGAAUUAUUACAUUCAUAAAAUUGAAAGAACAUUUUUUUGGCUGGUUCCAAGUUUUUGACAUACUGCUGAAAUAUAUGUGGGUACUUAUUUUUUUUUUUAUUUUGAUAUACGGUAGUGAUCAGAUAGAUAUAAAGGUGAUACAGUAGAGGGUGACAGAAUGCCGACAAUCUAAGUGAUAUUUACUUUCAAUAUGAGGGUCGAACAAUUAGUACCUGUAUCAAAUAGAAGUGAUUCAUUUACAUUAUUUUUCUCUUUUGUUUGAAACAAAGGUACAAAUAACUUAACGCACUUCAAUUUCAUACUCAUUAUAAAUCGAUCGUUUUUUAUUUAUUUCAUUCAAGUAUACUGAUAAUGUACGAGAGACUUUGUAAUCUCGAACACAAAUGAGAAUUUAUUGGUUUCAAUUAAAAGAAGUGACUGCAUAGCUAAAGGAACCAUAUUGUAUGCCAAUGAUGUUACCUGAUUUAUUCAUAGUAAGAUGAAACAUUGCUUUAGAAUAAGAAAAUGUUGUAUGCUUUAAUCUGCAAUAUGCUAGAUUAUAGAAACGUUAGACAAAUGCAAAACUAUUAUUUCUAAGUUCCUGCAUUCAUGUGAACGUGAAUUAUGAUUCUAGUCAACGAAAUAUACAAUUGAUGUCAUAUGUUUUUUAUUGGAAAAUUGUACUCGCAAUGUCAUUGUAAUUUACGGUAUAACAAUUAUAACCAUUUUUUGAAGCCUAA